UUCAACUGCUUACCAGAUCAAACCAUUCUAGGGUUUCGCAUUUGGCGGGGAAUGAAAAGUGGACCGAGAUGCCAUGGUUUGACAGAGAGAUUGAAGGAGAUAGAAUGACGAACAAAUUAAUGAAUCAGAUGGGAUUACACAAAUCGAUAACUAAUAUUUUCGCAGAGCGAAUUAUUAACACAGCCAAGGAAGCUUUAUACUUAACUGAAUUUGAGUUGAUGGAGUUAUUGGACGCGGGAUUGUUGGAAGUUGCAUCAGCAGUUGCGCACAUUAUUGAAUUGCUUCUCUCCUUAUCAGACGGUUUAGACGAGGCCUUAUUUGGUGGAAUCCCAUUUGGUGUCUUGACAGAGCUUGUUGGUCCAGCUUGAAUUGGCAAAACGCAAGUGUGAUUCUUUCCUAGUUUUCGGGUUUGUUAAUUAUCUUUAUGUUAUAUCAGAAAAUUUUAGUUGAUUGGAUUGGAGUAUCAAUUGAAUAUAUGGUUGCAUAAGUUGAAGCAUGUUCAACUACUUUCUGCU